UCAUGCUUGGGUCUCCCGCUGACGACAGGGCCCCCGUUAUCCCCGCUGACGUCAGCAUCUCACACACUACUUAAAUCCGACAGCGACUGUCAGCUCAGACUUUACCGACAACUCCGCGUCUUCGUUGUUACCGUGAAGAAAAACACGUAAGCCGCUGCGCUCGAGGGGUUUUCGUCCUGCGUCGUGUCUGCCCGUAACUCGUGCGACCAUCCAAGAAACAUACUUCAGGGAGCGCGCCCUGAUUGGUUAAACGCUGACCGCUCUUCCCACAGCUGCUGCGCGUGCCAAAGAGGGGCCCCUCGUGGAGAUAUAUUCUGUGCUGCACCUCGCGCCUCUCAACAGUUACUUUCCUCUGAAUCCUGAGGGCACGCGGACUUACCACAUCAAAACAGAGCCGAUGGCUUUUGGGCACGCGAGCUGUGUGUGGACUCUGGUUCUGGGCGCGUGUGUUGCGCUCGCCAUGGGAACUGACUGCGGGAAGGAGUGCGCGCUCUGCGUCUACCGCUUACUGGGACAGCAGCCUCCCCUUACCUCUCCGUUCCAGACGUGCUCGCUGGAGUGCGAGGGGGGCGUAGACAGCCGGAAGCUCCGCCUCUGCAGGGAGCUCCUAUUGGACGAGGAGAACCCAGCCCCCGCCCUGGACGAGGAGGAAGACGUGGACCCAGACGCCCCCGCGGCCCCCGCGGACCCCCAGGCCGAGGCCCCGGAGCACCAGCUGGUCAAGAAGUACGGGGGCUUCAUGAAGCGGUACGGGGGCUUCAUGGCCCGCCGCGCCCCCCCCGCCUCCGUCCUGAUGCAGGGGGCGCCGGAGGAGGCGGGGGGCCCCGGGAGGGGGGAGGGGCGGGGGGAGGACGGGGAGCAGCAGGAGCAGGAGGAGGAGGAGGAGGAGAACAUCCGGCUGGAGAUCCUGAAGAUCCUGAACGCGGAGGCGGAGGGCCGGGCGGCCCACGGCGCCGAGGCGGAGGGCCGGGCGGCCCACGGCGCCGAGGCCAAGCGCUACGGGGGCUUCAUGCGCCGGGCGGGGCUGCAGGCCGACCCCCUGGAGGCCGUGCUGGGCCGCGCGCUGAAGAAGCGUUAUGGGGGCUUCAUGAGGCGCGUGGGCCGGCCCGAGUGGCUGGUGGACGACUCCAACAAGAGCGGGAACGGCGUGCUGAAGCGCGCCUGGGAAGACGGGAGAGAACUGCAGAAGAGGUACGGGGGCUUCAUGGACUAGAAGACCCUCAGCCCAAACCCCGCCCCCCCCAUCUAAUGAUAUUCUGGACUUGUUAGUGUUUUAAC